CCUUCAGUGAAAGUGUGAAACUGAAUUCAUGUAGAUCUUCAUUCUCUUCUCUCAAAUUCUCAAACACUUAACUAUAGAUAAAUAAAUAAACAAAUUAAAAAAAAUUAAUUAAUUGUUGAGAAAUUAUUUCUCUUUGAAGAGUGAAAUGGAAUUCGAUGAGCAAGAGGAACAUGAAGAGGAGAUGGAGAUUCCGGAGACACCGAUGCCGGUGCCGGCGAGUUACGACUCACUCGGAAACUCAGCUUCACGGUCAAAACUCUCCGGUGAAGUUGACGGACGGAAAGGUAGCGGUAACGGUAAUGGUAACGGUAACCGUGGUGGUUUUUCCUCGACGGUGAAGUAUAGAGAAUGUCAGAAGAAUCAUGCCGUCAGCUUCGGUGGCCACGCCGUUGACGGUUGCUGCGAGUUCAUUUCCGCCGGUGAAGAAGGAACACUUGAAGCCGUGAUUUGCGCUGCUUGUAACUGUCACCGGAACUUCCACCGUAAAGAGAUCGAUGGAGAGACAGUAAGUUCGUGUCAGCGGCAGCAACCUCCACCGCCGCCACAACCGUACCACCAUCACCAGUUUUCACCUUACUACCACCGAGGUCCUCCUUCUACCUCCGGUUACCUCCACCACCACUUAGCAACUCCGGUGGCGCAUCACAGACCUUUGGCUCUCCCAGCCACUGCUUCCGGUGGAUUCAGCAGAGAAGAUGAUGAUAUUUCAAACCCUAGCAGCAGCGGCGGAGGAGGGAACGGUUCCGGUGGAUCAAAGAAGAGAUUCCGAACAAAAUUCACGCAGGAACAGAAAGAGAAGCUCUUGGCUUUUGCGGAAGAACACGGUUGGAGAAUUCAGAAACAAGAUGAAGCUGCUAUAGAACAGUUUUGUGCUGAGAAUUGUGUGAAGAGAAAUGUUCUUAAAGUUUGGAUGCACAAUAACAAGAACACUCUUGGUAAGAAACCCUAAUUUGUGUUUUUAUUAUUCUAAAUUUUCUAAUUAAUUUCUUCUAUGUGGUUAUUAAGCAAUUUUGAUCUCUCUAGAGAGAGUGAUUUGUGUGAAAAAUAAAAAAUGAGAAGGAAAAAAAAAAACAAAAAAUUUAGUUUGAGAUUUUUAUGUACAAGAUCAAGCUAGCUAGCUAGUUAGGGUUCUUAUUCUUGUAAGUUCUUCAUUUGGUUAAUUAAUUAAAUAAUUUUGUUUAGUUUAUUUUAUGGGACUUUAGUGAUUGGUAAUGCAAUUGUAACUAUUGAGUUUAUGAUUUUCAGUUUUGUUGUUAAGUGUUAAUGUACUAUGUUUUUAAAAAACGGUUUGUUACUGCAAAAACGAAAACUACAAAAGAGGACCAAUAAAAUCGGCCACGACAAAACAAUAUUAAAAUAUGUCUAUAACAGAGAAAUUGUAAUGGAUUCAUACCGCAACAGUGGUAAUAAUACAACAUUUGUACCGAUCGAAAUCGUGAUAGUGUAACCCCGCAAAUGCGGUCCUAUUGUUAAAACCUUGUUAUUAGGUAAGAGUUGAUGAGGUUUUAUUAAUGUGGAUUAAUUGAAAAUUAAUUAUGUUUUAGAUGCAUGUAAAGAGAGACCUAAU